UAUAAAGAAAAUCAAGAUGGUGACUUUCGCAUUAGAGCUAACAUGUUUAUUCUUUUAAAUGUCAACAGUAACAUUAUUAACCAGUUGCUUCUCCAAUACGAUUGGAUUUAAUGCAUCAUGAGGACGAGGAGCACAAUUUGAACCUGGAACUAACUGGAAAAAGCCCCUGAACAGAGCCAGCGGGAUGUGUGAGAGCUACUCCCGGUCGCUGCUGCGGGUGUCGGUGGCGCAAAUCUGCCAGGCUCUCGGCUGGGACUCGGUCCAGCUCACCGCCUGCGAUCUCCUGACCGAUGUCCUGCACAGGUAUAUACAGCAGUUGGCCAGGGGCUGCCAUCGAUACUCCGAGCUCUAUGGCCGAACGGACCCCAUGUUAGAUGAUGUGGGACCGGCAUUCAAACUGAUGGGAGUGAGCCUAAAUGAACUUGAAGAUUAUGUCCACAAUCUUGAACCAGUUGGCUUUGCACAUCAGAUCCCAUUGUUCCCUGUCAGCAAGAACAACGUCUUGCAGUUUCCCCAGCCAGGUACCCAGGAUGCUGAGGAGAGGAAGGAGUACAUUCCUGAUUAUAUGCCACCAAUCGGUUCCUCACAAGAAGAAGAGGAAGAGGAGCAGGUUCCUACAGAUGGUGGCACCUCAGCAGAAGCCAUGCAGGUUCCUCUGGAAGAGGAGGAAGAAAUGGAAGAGGAAGAGGAUGUCAAUGACGAGAACUUUUUGGGCAAGAGACCUUUGGGAAGUCCUGACUCAAUGGAAAUGCCAGUCAUGAAGAGACCACGAUAUGCAGGUCUCAAAACAGAAAGCCCAGAAGGGGGGAUGGAACCAAGAGAGCCUCUUAUAUCUAUCAACCCUCAAAAGGUGCCACCCAUGCACACUCCUGUAAAUACACAUGAUAGUUCCGGGUCUUUGUCUAGAUCACCUGAGCCCCUGGUUUUGGCACCACCCUCUAAAACACAACUGCCUACCCCAAAAACAGACUCCAAGCAUGGUACUCCUAGAGCAAAACCGAAAAUAACUUCGCCCGGACAAAAGAUUAAAUCCCCGAAGGGGUCUAAUUUGACUUCUGCUACUGGAAGUCCUAUACGAUCUCCAAAAUCUGGACCUAAAGAGAAAAAAUCACCAGGGCGAACUAAAAGCCCCAAAAGUCCCAAGGUUUCGUCGCAUUCCACAGCGAAGGUGGACACCCCAACAAGAACACCUUUAGCAGCACUGAGUGAAAAGAUGGGAAAAGAAAAUAUACAUUCAAAGCAAGGGCAAGCAACAUGCGAGUCUGAGAAGCAAACUACUGAUAAUCAGUUAAAGACAUUUUCUGUGGCUGAUAACACAAUUGAUGACUCUAUUGACGCAGUGAUUGCCUGGGCUUGUGCGGAGAGGGAACCUGACCCAUUCGCAUUUUCAUCGGGGUCAGAAUCGGAGGGGGAAAUCCUUACAAGUCCUAGACGACUUACGAUUUCUGAGCCAACCACUCCCAAGUUGAUGCUAAGCACAAAUAGCAUCAAUAAGGGUAAUUCAACUCCUGUUCCUUCUAGUUCAGAUAACUCUUGGACAAUGGAUGAUUCAAUUAAUGAGGUCAUAAGAAAAGUUAACUUGGGCACUCCUUCAAGUGUACCUUCCAAUCCUCCAUAUUUAUCUUCGCCAUCUGCUUCACCACCAACUCCAGAACCACUUCUCAAGGUCUAUGAGGAAAAGACAAAGCUGGCUGCUUCGGCGGACGUGAAGAGAAAACUGAAAAAAGAACUGAAGACCAAAAUGAAGAAGAAGGAAAAGGAAAAACAGAAAGAGAAGGAAAAGGACAGGGAUAAAGAAAAAAGUAAGGAAAAAAACAAGGAGAAAACCAGGGAGAAAGAUAAAGACAAGGAUAAAGAAUCCAAUAAGGAGGCCAAGAUACAAUGGAAGGACUUCAUCAAAGAGGAGGACCAUGAACCUAUCAAAUUCAAACUAAAGGACUUUGAAGAAGUGGACACCAAGGCUAAAAUAAAAGAAGGUGGUUCAAAAAAGGACAAAGAGAAGCGCAAGGAUAAGAAGAAAGAUAAAGAAAAGAGUAAAAAGGAUAAAGAGAAGAAAGAGAAGGGAAAAGAUAAAGUUAAGUUGGAGAAGCUGAAGAUUCCUUCAGUGCCUCUCCUAAUGUCUCUUAAGGAGACCUCAUUGCCACUGUUCAGCACUCCUACCGGUGUUAGGAUCUCCUCCAUGUUGCCUUCAUUGUCAUCUAUGCUCCCUGAAAAACUGUUUGAGGAAAAGGAAAAACCUAAAGAUAGGGAGAAGAAGAAAGAGAAGAAGGAAAAGAAGAAAAAGAAAGAGAAAGAAAAGGACAAGGACAAAGACAAGGAAAAGGAGAAAGUGAAGGAAAAGGAAAAGGAAAAGGAAAAGGAAAAGGAAAAGAAGGAGAAAGAGAAGAAGGAAAAGGAGAAAGAAAAGCACAAGCAUGAAAAGAUAAAGACGGAACCUUCUGUUACAGCUCUGACUCCUGUUAUCCCCAGGCUGACCCUAAGGGUUGGGGCUGGCCAGGACAAGAUUGUCAUCAGCAAAGUGGUUUCUACCCCAGAGGUUAAGACCCCAGUUUCUAAGACUCCAGUCCCUAAGACCCCUGUUACUGUCAGUCGUCCCAAGACUCCGCCACCACCCCCACCCCCUGUCCCGAUUCCAGUUCACACAGCUAUCCCUCCUGCUCCGGCCCUUCAGCCACCACCACCACCACCCCCAGCAGCUGCAUCCCCAGCUGCAGUGCCACCUUCCUUACCUGCAGUGCCAGCAGCAGGCUCCUCCAAAACACCUGUCAGGAGUGUGGUGACAGAAACAGUCAGUACCUACGUGAUCCGGGAUGAAUGGGGUAAUCAGAUCUGGAUCUGCCCUGGCUGCAACAAGGCUGAUGACGGUAGCCCAAUGAUUGGCUGUGAUGGCUGCGAUGACUGGUAUCACUGGCCUUGUGUUUCGAUCACAGCAGCUCCCCCAGAAGAAGUUCAAUGGUAUUGUCCUAAAUGUGCCAACAAGAAAAAAGACAAAAAACACAAGAAGAGGAAGCACAAAGCACAUUGAAUUGUUUUUAAAGAAAUGUGUUUAUAAGAGCCACUUCAUCCCCUAUCAAACUUUUCUCUGAACUGCAAAGAUCUUUGUAUAAAAUGCAAAGUGUUUUCACAUUUGACUUGGACUUUGUAUUCCAUAGAGCACUGCAGAGCAUUGAAGGGUAGCAGCUCUGUGAAGACACUGAAUUGUCCUGGAUUAAUACUUACUCUACAUGAAAAUAGCACACACAAUAAGUUUGUUUUUUUAUUGUUGCUGUGUGUGGGUUUUUUUUUUUUUUAGCAGGAUCUGUCUACUGAGCAUCAAA